AUGGCUUCGCGCCAUUUUGAACGACGCCGGAACGUCAACGACGCCACCACUCCUGUGCACAAACGUCGGGCUCGUUCUGAAAAGGUUCCGAAGGAAGGCCGCGUUUUCCUCAGUGGGCGGGAUGCUUGUUGUACUCGUCUUGGUGCUCAACGCAGGUUUGGAUAGAAUCCGAUGAAAAUGAUGAACUCAACCGUGAUGAGAAGAUCCAUCGCAAAAUGGUCGAUACACGAUUGGUCGUGGGAGUGUCACUUGCCAAAGACUUUUCUUUCCUCCUCCUGACAUGCCUUCAGGUCAGAGACAUCAUGCGGCUGGAGCAAGAUGACUACUCAGUAAGCCAAGGAUGACCAACAGACUUGCUUUGUCCUGCUACACUACUUCGGUUUUAGCGCCAGGAAUCCUUCGAGAGUGCUGUGAGACAACAAGCUGACGAGGAGCCGACAUCACUAUCGCCCGUUGUCAAGGUCAAGGGUCAUGAAGGCGCACACGCUGCAUCAACAAAAGCCGUCCCCGUACCGAGUGGAUCAGCAGUGCGAUUUGAUUUGGCGGGCUUUGCAAAGCCUCCCGCGAAUGACACAUGCUCUCCAAAGACCGCACGAACGGAGACGACGGACUCGAGCAAGAGGACGUCUGUCAGCAGCGUGGGACUCGAGCUUUAUUCAGGAAAUCUGUCAGACGUCGUCUCAGCUGCUCUUCUUAUGACAUGGACGUUCCUGGCUAUCGUCGGCAUCGUGGUGGAGCAGAUUGAAGAAAAGCUGCCCGAGUUGUGGGACAAGCGAGGCGGAAACUUGUUCUUUUCCAUAGAACGAUACCUAUCCAAAUACUAUGAUGUUUCCAACAACUAUCGCUGGAUAGAGCAGCCGGAUUGGCCGGCAAUCCUGCGUGGCUCGGUGUGGUCAAUUCUUAGUUUUCUGUGUUUUUUCACUCUGGUUUCCCAAACGCUCUUCUGGCGCAAGCAGGUUGCCAUCGCCAUCGAGAGCAGAGUAAGGCGGGUGAGAGCGAGGGCCCCACUGCGACUAUUAUUUUCUGCGCUGAUUGUUGCAGAUCAAUGCUUACGUCCUGAAUCGGCAGCGGAAAGCCAUUCUGCGGAGCACACAAAGGAGAAUCCCUCUUGCCGAGGACGCAAACAUGCAUAGUGGCAGCUCGCUGAUGGAGAGGCGGUCGCCAAAGAAGGGCAAUGCUCACUUGACCAAGGACCCUGUCAGGAUCUCUUGCUUCCAGAGACUUAGGUGGCGAUUCAGUAUCGCGUGGUUCACGUAAGCAUUCGAUGUCUCCUCCUGGACUCAUCUAUGAUACAUUAUGUGUGUGGGUCUGUCUUGGCAGGAUGUUAGGGACGACUGGCAAGGCCUUCUUUUUCUUCUACUUCAACAAUGUAGGAGAAGAAAUCUCGUUUCUCACUUGCUUUGUUAUCGGCCUACUUUUGCUUCUCUUCAGGAGAUGCUCAUGCUAGUUUUGCAAGGUUACGAUUGCCUUUACCUAGGGGGUUUUGACUUGAUCUCUUUUGACGAGGUGCCAGCGGGGCAUUCUGGUCAAAGCGACGCUCGCCGGGCUAAUCGCCGUCCACUCACUGAUUGUGCUCCUCAUCUACCGCAGCCGGCGGCGUGUCCUGGCAAUUUUCUUGUCGCUUCCAUUCUCAAUCGCCUAUGGGCUCCACGACAUGUAUGGAAAGAUAAAUAAUCAUGUGCGCUCAUCGAUCCUUGUGUCUUUAGACUGCUUAACGUGCACAAUGCCAGCUCCACGGUGGAUUGGGGGAAUCUAUUACACAUGAAGACAAAGAAAGGUGUCGUCCUGGCCUUGGCGGCUCUCUACCCCAGCGGCAGCGCAUGGUACCGAGUACAGCAAAUCCGUGUACGUGGACACACUAGUUUUCCUUUGUGGCCGCCAUCGAUGCAGGUGGAAGCUAUGGAAGCUCGGAUCGAUACUGCUUGUCAGGUCGUACGUCACGUACCGAUCACAAAAGAGGGGCGACUCUGUCAAGCAACACACGGCCACUUGGUUGAUGCGAAUGAUCGGGCCGGUGCGACACUGGUGCGCAACCACUGUUUCGCGCACAAUCAGCCGGGCUAUGUCUCGCAGCAAGCGAAGCGGGGCCAGCCACAUGGACGACGCACAGAAUCGUCAUCACGACGACAAAAUCGCUUGCGACCAGAAUGGAGGCGGCGUGGCCGACUGCCAACAACAACGUGGCGAGGAGGGAGGCGAAAGAACAGCCGGCUCACACGGGAUCGAUUGCUGCUCCAAGACUAUAUCGAAGCUUGAGCUUUCCCUGCGUGGCUGAACGUCAAUCGGGAGCUCCACUCAGAAGCGGCAGGGCACACUGCCUAAAGGAGAGCCCUCUCGUCUCGACUGAGACGCUCAAGGAAUGGUGGAUCACGUAUCGGGCGGCUUAUUUGCCUGAGACCCGCCGCUUGUCCUUUCCCUGCUCUCGGCCCCCACAGCCAGCGGGCGACACGGAUAUUGAAGAAGACGAGGAUACAGAAG